GGAAGCAUCCUUUUGACACAUUGUGCAAACAGUGCUGCGUGGAGUAAGUGGGUGGGUAGCAGCACUGAUCACACAACGAGCUUGACUGGGGGAACCCAAUUGCCCGAGAAUCCAUGAAAAAAGGCAGAGGUUUUGGAGAAUUUCUUUGAAAGGUCACUCGUGCUCAAGAAGCACCACCAUAUAAUGAGUUAUCAGAAGAUGAAAGAGGCCAUGCUCUCUUUUCUGACGGAUCCUGCCUUGUGGUAGGAAACCAUCAGAGGUGGAAAGCUGCUGUGUGGAGUCCCACACAAUGAGUCGUUGAGGCCGCUGAAGGAGAAGAAAAGUGGCCUCUGCUGUAUCUCUGUACUGACUCCUGGAUGGUGGCUAAUGCCCUAUGAAGGUGGCUACAGCAAUGGAAGAAGACCGAUUGGCAGUGCAGGGCUAAACCCAUGUGGGCUGCUGUGUUGUGGCAGGACAUCACUGCACGGGUAGAAACGAUGGCUCUGAAGGAACGUCCCGUAGAUGCUUACAUGCCCCAAAGUCGUGCCACUGAGGAACAUCAGAAGAAUGAACAGCCAGCUAAGGCUGCCAAAAUUGAAAUAGCUCAGGUAGACUUAGACUGGGAGAAGAAGUGUGAACUCUUUACAGCCUCAUGGGCCCAUGAACCAUGCGGGCAUCUAGGAAAAGAUGCAACCUACAGACGAGCUUGUGAUUGAGGGGUCGGCCUGACCACGGAGGCUAUCACACAGGUCACCCGUGAAUGUGAAACGUGCUGCAAUCAAGUGAGCCACAUGAGUGAAAUGUCCUUGGAAUAGAUGGCCAAAGUGAGUUUUAAAUCUGCUGAGGCCUGGCAAAUUGACUAUAUUGGACCACUGCCAUGAACACGCCAAGGCAAGAGCUUACAUGCUCAUCGUGGUAGAGGCAACUACUGGUUGGCUGUAAAAAUACCCUGUAAACCAUGCUAUUGCUCGAAACGCUGUCUUAGGCCUUGAGAGAGACAUUUUGUGGUGACAUGGUACCCCAGAAAGAAUGGAAUCAAUGAGUCUCCUUGUCUUAGUUUGGAAAGACAGAUGUCUGCCAGGGAAAAGCCGGAGCUUCCCUUGGAAUGGGGAAUGUAAACCCCCUCGCUCUGAAUUAUUUUAAUUUUGAAAUUAAGGAGCUUUCAGGCAAAGAUAUGGGAAUAGGAAUAACAGUUCUUUACUAGGAAUAUUAAAAACGAAGUAGUACAAAAAAGCAAACGAACAAAAAAGAAAAACACUGGCAGAGUCAGAACACGACCUGACACCCUGUUGGUCAGGGUGUUGGUAGCAGUCCAAUUAAGUCCUCCUGGAGUGACAGAUGUGGUUCUGUUGGAGUAGAGAUGAUCCCGUGGAAGGAUCCAGCGGUGGCGAGAUGAGUCUGGUCUUCCUCUGGGAAGCCAGUGGAAAACAGGCUGUCCUGGUGUUCUGAAUCUCAGGUUUUAUCCAGGUAGGAAAGCUUGGCUCCUCCCACUGGGUGGAGCAUCUCACAAUGGGAUGAUGCCAUUUUAUCAGUCAUGCAGUGAGCCUUAAUGGCUCAUUAACAGCAGAUAUCCCCCUGGAAGGAGGAUGGGUCAGGGAAGAGAUAGGAACACUGCCCCACCUGGUUUUAACAGCUGGCCCAUUAACAGAAGACACCUGCCCCCUUCCCCCCGGAGCCAUGAGGAAUGGGUCAUAGAAGAGAUAAAGAAAGAAACACCUCCCCAACCAGUUUCAACAGAUGGGAAUAGAAUACAUCUUGCAUUGAACCCAAGACACUCAUUUAUGAAAUAACCUCAUAAACUCUUAGGCAAAGAAACAUGCAUUGAGUAGAUAUAUCACAUCCCUUAUCACCCACAAGCCUCUGGAAAGAUUGAGAGGUAUGAUGGACUGCUGAUGACUAUGUCAAGAGGGUUAGGCAAUCGGGCAUGGAAGCAUUGGGAUGCAAAUUUAGCAGAAGCCACUUGGCUGGUUAACACCAGAAGAUCUGCUAACCGCCCUGGUCCUGCCCAAACAAAACCACUACAUACUGUGGGAGGAGAUAAGGUCCCCAUACUACACACAGGGAAGUGGCUGUGGAAUUCUCCUCCCAUGGGAAAAGGCAAACCUAUUAAUGGGAUUGUCUUUGCUCAAGGACCUGGGUGUACUUGGUGGGUAGUGCAGAAGGAUGGGGAGACCCGGCGUGUGCCUCAAGGAGAUUUAACCUUGGGGGAAAAGUAAUGAGUGCAAACUGUAUGUUGCAGGAAGUAAAGUAGCAGGAGUGACAUGAACCGACGAUGAGUGAAUUUUACGAGGAGCGAGGAGAGUGCGAGGAUAGCCCAGGCAGGGCCGGUGUCGGUGCCGAACGGUCGAGUGUGUCGCUUCUGUCCCGAGCACCCAUCUUGAUGGAAUGGAGCCCAAGUCACAGCCUGUUUUUUAAACAUCUGGAGGGCUGGAAGAAACCCAUCAAAUGGGAAACUAAUAUCUGUCUUUGAAAGGAAGGGGGACGGUAGUUAAUGAAAAUGUAUACGUGUGUUGGACAUAAAGAUGGUUUAAGCAUGGAGUUUAAGUUGUAAGUGUUGGUAAGAAGGGAUUUCAGUCAUGACAUAAAUACAAUGGAAGAAUUAGAAGCCAGAUAUAGAUAUAUAUAUAAAAAAUUCUGUGGGAUCUGAGUAUGAUGCAAAUGGUGCGAAGUAAGGGGUGGAGACUGUACUGGCUGUGGCUGAGAUGGAGUUCACUUUCCCCAUAGCGUCCAACAGUGCCAUGCUUUGCAUUUGUAUCUAGAAAGGUGUUGAUAACACAUCAGUGUUUUGGCUACUGCCGGGCAAUGUUGGCACAGCGUCAGCGCUGCCUCUCCAACAUUCUGCCCCCAAUAAGUAGGCUGGGAGUGGGCAAGAUCCUGGCAGGAGACACCACUAGACCAGGUGACCCAAACUGGCCAGAGGGCUAUUCUGUACCAUAUGACUUCAGCUCAGAAAUAAAAGCUAAGUUAAGGAGGGGGAAAGGGGGCACAUUAGUUAUUUACAGCGUUUGCCUUUCGGAGCAACCCCUACCUGUGCUGAAGCCCUGCUUCUUGGAAAGUGGUCGGACAGUGCUUGCUGAUGGGAACCAGAGGAUAUAUUUGUUUUUCCUGUUUCCUUUUUUGUGCGAAAACUUUCUCUUUUCCUUUAGUAAACUGCCCUAUCUCACCCUGUGAGUUGUUUUCCAUCUUAUUUUCUCUCUGUGUCAAGCUGAGAAGGGGGAGUGAUAGAACGACUCUGUGGGCACCAGCAAGAGGAGCUGGAAACCACUGGGCAGCCGGAAAGCUAACAAUGUAAUCACGAGAGUAAAAAUGUGCUGGGACAACUCAAUGACUGGAGCUCCCCAGUCAAUGGCUAUAAAGUGGUCAGAAGGAAGGAGAGGCAGAGGUGGUCCUCUGUGUGAACUCAAAAUAAGAGGGAUUUUCUGUACAGAGCUGUCUUUGAAAGACAGCGAUGAACAGGUUGAGAGCUUAUGGGUGAAAAUUAGAGGCCAAGCUGUUGCGUUAAGAGUAAGAAACUUGGCAGAAAAUAAAGCCCCUUGCACUCCAGCUGCUCCUCAGACAUCAGAGGGACCGGGUGGGGUUAGGCCUAAUUUCCGGUUACAACCAGUUCAGCACUGUGAAUCUGGUUGCGUUCUCUAAGAACCUUUGUGAGCGCAGAUUCAGGAAUAGAGUGAUUUUCUGAAGUUACAGAACUAGAGAUUUGGAACUGCCAUUGAGAAAUGCACUAGCUGUGGUAGAAGUCUAAUAACAUCAUGCUAACCCAUGCAAUACUAAUAAUAGCAAUGGUAUGCAGAAGCUUCCCAAGAGGGCGUCCCCGCUUUGGAGGAGGGAGAAGAGAACAGACCGGCAACUGUCUCUGACAUCUCUUGGGAAUUCCUGCUACCUAGCUGAAAUUUCUACCCUCCUUAUAUACAGCCCAAUCUUCUCCUCCUUACGUAUAGCAAGAUCUAAUUGGAGAGCUGAGUAAUAUAAUCAUAUACGUGGUAGCAUGUACUUCAGUAAGCUUAUUAGCAUAUGCAUGAGUGUGCAUUUUAAUACUUAAAUGACCCUUAAUCGGGCAAAGGUUACUUCUUUGGCCUUGGUGUCCUUCAGAGUUCCGCUCUUAAGACUUCUUUCCAUUUCAUGCCGUUCAUCAGAGCCAAGAAACGGCUUUCCUAGCUGCCCAUGAACUCCUCCUUCGGCCAUAUUGUCCUUUCUUGACGUCAGCUAUGUGGAUCUCCAUCAGGAAAGAUAAUGUGGAGGGUACACGGUUUAGGCCAUAUAUAGUAAGCCUUAGCCCUUUCCUGACUCCAUGGUCAUCAUCCCACACAAGCCAACAAAAGAAGCCAACCUUGUGUUUGGUAUCUACUAUAGGCCACCAGAUUAAGAGGAUGAGGUCGACGUAAGACAUCAGGCAAGUUAGGCGGGACAUGAGCGUUGCUGAGUAAGGGCCUUCUCUUCUGGUUGAGCUGAAGCAUGAAGUGGACAUGCAUAGGUAUUGGAAGCAGGGACACGCAUUCUGGGAAGAAUCUAAAGAUGCCGCCCAGGUCUGUAGGGAUGGGAUCAGAAAAGCUAAGGCAAAGCUGGAGCUGAAUUUGGCAGGGGAUGUAAAGAAUCAUAAGAUGGGCUUCCACAGGUGCAUUGGUCAGAAAAUAAGGCUAAAGAAAGCGUACGCCAACCCACAUUCCCUUCCUCCCUCCCCCCCUGCCCCCGCUGAUAAAUAAGCCAGGAGGUCUAGUGGCCAGUAACAUGGAGAAGGCUGUGAUACUCGGCGAGUCGUUUUCCUCUGUUUUCACUGGCACGGUUACCAAACCUCUUGAGACCCUGAACCUCAAGGCAGGGACUUGGGGAACAAAGUCCCUUCCAUCAUAGGAAACAAUCUGUUUUGAGACCACCCGAGGAACCUGUGGAUACACAAGUCCUGCACCUGGGGAGGCACAACGCCAUGCACCAGUACAUGCUGGAGGUCGAUCGGCUGGAAAGCAGCUUUGCAAAAUAGGACGACGUGCCCUUGCCGCAAAGGCGGCCAAGGAUCUCCUUAGCCCAAUAUCGAGGAAAGCAGGGUUUAUAUAUGUUACAAGAUAGAUGUGUGGGCCAUUCAAGGUGCUCACUGUCCCCGGAGCUGCAGGGCACAGCAGACCACCCUUGGGCAGAUUUGAGGGCGCUGCCUAUUUUUCUAAAAGCCUCCUAUCCAGCCUAACGCAAAUCCUACUAUCUUGAACCCUCAAGCCAGCAGUGCCGAACGCACGCUUUGUAUUUUAUUUGCUUCCAGGAGACGUGCAGCUUAGAAACGUCUGCAAUGGAAGUGGGGCUUUCAGCAAACAGUGUAGAGCAACUUCUGUUGGUUUUUCAAAAUGUCCCGAGAAGUUAAGGGCAGGCCUGCCCUGCCCUGGCCAAAGCAGUCAUUUGACUGAAGGGAGCAGCACCAAAAAGGCACAGGCACCUUUGGGGUGGACUUGAUGCGGUAACAAAUAACAAGAAAUAGUGUUUGUAGCUACUACAGCCUCUUCUGCGACCUCGUAGCCCGCCCUCAGGGUCGCAGCACUACACGGGGCAGGUCCCUCGGCGCCCCGAGGGCCCCAGGUCGACGAGAGAGGACUCGCCAAGGGGGCGGGGAAAAGCGAAAGAGACAGGCGGGACAGCAAAUGGAGACGCGGGCCACGAUCCGUCGGCCCAAUGGGCGCCGCGGAGGGCCGGGCUUAGUGGAGGAAGUGUCGGGGCGGACACGGGCGUUGUCCUUGGCUGACGAGAGUAUCGGGGUGCUGGCCUCUCGCCCUGGUGGCGCCACUACCGUCUUCGGAAAGAUUAUCGGCAAGGCGUUUCUGUGGUCUCGUCAGCGACGAGGACUAGGAGAGAAAACCUACCGCCCAUUCAGCCCUAUGAUGAACCCCAUCCAUGUUGUCAUCCUGCUAAUGCUGAACAGUCUGGCAGCUGCAUGGAUCGUCCCUCAGCCGCGUCAGAACUUCUGGGUGACCCUGGCACAGACACUUCAGCAAGAAAACAUAUGUUUGUCCACUGCAGCAGCUAAGAACCCUAUGUCCACCUGUCUGGUAGGAAUUCCUUUGCAGGCUGGAGAAUUCCCAGCAAGUUUGGACAAAUACAGGUCCAACGAAAUUCCAGAGGCACACACCCCACAACCACACAAGGGUCAUCAUAAGCAAGAUGUGUUUGCCAUGAACCCCUUAGAGGAAUGGGUGCGGGGUUUGCCCAAGGUAGCUCAUGAACCCCAGGAGUUAGAACUAUUGGGUUCUUCCCCUGCAACAUACUGCAUCCAUUUUUUUUUCAUCCCAAAACCUUCUAGCACUGACGAGUACCGCCUCAUAAGACAGUGCCGGGGAGAGUUUACUGCAAAGAGGUGGUGUCAUAAUAUAAGCCACAUUGCAGCAGACAACCCAUCUCACUCUAGUCCCAGAAGCCUCCCUAGGGGAUUGUUCUUGGUUUGUGGGGAUCGGGCAUGGGCAGGAAUUCCGUCUCGGCUUUUAGGAGGGCCAUGUACCAUAGGGCGAUUGUCCGUAUUGACACCCAACCAAGCUUUAAUUAGUGAAUGGACUCACAAAAACAAAUCGGCACACAAAAUUCAAAAGAGGAGUGCUGACAAUUUGGACCCAAAUUGUAAUUCAGACAUUUUUCAUUGGGCAAAGUCAAAAAGAGUUGCUGUAUCCCUGUUCCUUCCGUGGAUAGCAGCAGCCAAAGCUCUAGGUGAAUUGGGCCGUCUAGAGUGCUGGGUGGUCAAGCAAGCUAAUUUAACAUCCAUCACCAUCAGCUCUCUCCUAGAAGACGAGGAGAUUACCAGACAGGCCACGAUCCAGAACCGUGCUGCUAUUGAUUAUCUUUUGCUAUUGCAUGGACAUGAAUGCCAGGAAUUUGAAGGACUCUGUUGCAUGAAUCUGUCCUCAAAGGCUCCAAACAUCUAUGCUGCCCUCCGAAGCAUGAACAACAUGAUCGGACAAGUGAAGCAAGAAUCUGAAGAUUGGAUCAAGGAACUGUUCAAGGGAUGGGGAUUCACUGGGUGGUGAACUUCUGUAGUUAAAACAAUUUUGUUACUUUUUGUUAUCCUUUUCCUUGUAACCAUAGCAUUUGGGAUCCUACGCUGUUUGAUUUUCAAGGCUAUUAACAGCCUCAUACCUUCUACCUCAGAAGUCAACCACAUAGAGGUGGCAAACCUAAAGCGAUCUGGUUUCCCUACCAAUCAUAAGUGGUGGGAAAACCCACACUCCGUGUCAAACUGAAUUUGAGAGUUUUUCUUGGUAUCUUUUUAAACAAAAAAGGAGGAGAUGUUACAUUCCCCUGUGGGAAUGGUUUCUCCCCCGUCAGGGACUCCUGGAGCUGGUGUCAUGUAGUCCAACCAUUCCUUCCCUUUCUGACCCCAUUGGCUGUGUGCCAGCUUGCCCCACCCUCAGAAGUCCUGAGAAAAGACCCUGUCCCCCUGGGGACGUCCUCUCUUUCCCCAGACACCAUCUGGAAAUAAACAUCUUACUGCAGCUAAGGGUGAGAGCCUCUUUUGAAUCCUUUUUCCUGUCUCCUGAUAUAUUCCUCCUAGGCCUGAGAAGGACUGAGCUAGCUUAGACCCUUAAGGGAAUUAAAGGAGGAUUUAUUUAUCACCACAUGAGUGAAAUGUCCUUGGAAUAGAUGGCCAAAGUGAGUUUUAAAUCUGCUGAGGCCUGGCAAAUUGACUAUAUUGGACCACUGCCAUGAACACACCAAGGCAAGUGUUGGAUGAUCAUUAUGGUUAAGGUGACUACUGUCUGCAAACAUACUCUGUAAGCCAUGUCAGCUCAGAACACCAUCUUAGGCCUUGAGAGACACAUUUUCUGGUGACAUGGUACCCCAGAAAGAAUGGAAACGGACGAUGGGACUCAUUUAUGAAAUCACCCCAUAAACUCUUAGGCAAAGAAACAUGCAUUGAGUGGAUGUAUCACAUCCCUUAUUACCCACAUGUUUCUGGAAUGUUUGAGAGGUAUGAUGGACUGCUGAUAACUAUGUCAAGAGGGUUAGGCAAUCGGGCAUGGAAGUAUUGGGAUGUAAAUUUAGCAGAAACCACUUGGCUGGUUAACACCAGAAGAUCUGCUAACUGCUCUGGUCCUGCCCGAACAAAACCACUACAUACUGUGGGAGGAGAUAAGGUUCCUAUAUUACACACAGGGAAAUGGCUGGGGAAGUUUGUGUGGAAUUCUCCUCCCAUGGGAAAAGGCAAACCCAUUAAUGGGACUACCUUUGCUCAGGGACCACGGUGUACUUGGUGGGCAAUGUGGAAGUAUGGGGAGACCCGGUGUGUUCUUCAAGGAGAUUUAACCUUGGGUGAAAAAUAAUCUCUGUGUAAAUUGGAUGUUGCAGGAAGUAGCAGGAGUGGCAUGAACUGAUGAAGAGUGAAUCUUAUGAGGGAGAGGAGAGUGCGGUGAUUACCCAGGCAGGGCUGGUGUUGGGGCCCAAUGACUGAGUGUGCUGCUUCUCCUGUCUUGAGCACCCAUAUUGAUGGAAGGGAGCCCAAGUCGCGUCCUCUUUCUGAACAUUUGGAGCAAUGGAGAAAGACCAUGAAAUGGGAAAAAAAAUAUCUAUCUGAGAAAGGACAGGCGACAGUAGUAAAUGAAAAUGUAUGCAUCUAUGUGCUGAGUAUAAAGAUGGUUUAAGGAUGUCGUUUGUUAUAACUGUUAGUAAGAAAGGAUUUCAGUAAUGAGAAAUAAAUAUAAAUGGAAUAGUUAGAAGAUAUAUAUAGAUGUAUUAUUUAUAUAUAUAUAAUUCUGUGGGAUCUGUGUAUGAUGCAAAUGGUGUGGAGGAGGGGGGACAGAUUGUAUUGGGUGUGGCCUAAAUGGAGUUCAUUUUUCCCAUAGCAGCCUUCGCUGUUCCAUCCUUUGUAUUGGUAGCUUGAAAGGUAUUGAUAACACCCCAGUGUUUUGGUCACUGCUGAGCAGUGUUGGCACAGCAUCAGUGCUGUCUCUAACAUUCUGCCCCUCAUCAGUAGCCUAGGGGUGGUCAAGAUCCUGAAAGGGAAUACAACUAGGCCAGCUAACCCAAACUGGCCAGAGGGCUACUCUAUUUCAUAUGACCUCAGCUCAGAUAUAAAAGCUGAGUUAAGGAGGGGCAAGGGGCCACAUUCAUUAUUUACAACAUUUGUCUUUCAGAGUAACCCCUAUGGAUGCUGAGGCCCUGCUUCCUGGAAAGUGGCCGGACAGUGCUUUCUUAUGGGAACUAGAGGAUAGAAUUAUUUUUCAUUUCCUUUUUGCUUGUUAAUGAACAAACUUUUGCUUUAGUAAACUGCCUUAUCUCAACCGGUGAGUUUUUUUCCAUCCUUUUUUAUCUCCAUCCAGCUGUUAAGGGGAGUGAUGGAGCAGCUCUGCUGGCUCCUGGCAUCCAGCCGAGGUCAACCCACCACAGAUGCUUUUGAUGCCAUCCAGGUAUCACAGGAGAAGGGUCAGAGAUCAGUUGGACAGAUCUGAUUUAGUAGUUAGUUUUUUGAGUUCUAAUCAGUAAAUUUAUGCAUGUAAAAUUUUUAAGAAGUACAGAUGGAUUGGCAGUCAUGUGGUAGGGCAUCCCUCCCUACCACAGAAGAGUUUAUCUUCUCUGGCCAUCAGGUGGUGCGAUAGCUCUGGACAUUCUCUCCCCAGCAUGAAGUGGUGAGAUAACCCAGGCCAGCUCUCUGACUACUAAGUUAGUGAGUUAUUUCUCUCUCUGGUGCCAGAGGUAGAAUUCCCAAUAAGCAACUGGGCAUGAGAGCAGAUGCAGGGAGAUAAGCUGGAAAUUCCUGACUGAGAGACACCACUUUACAAACUAUAAAAGCUACACAAACUUUCGAGCCUCCUACACACACCCUGGAAAUGUUCAGGACUUCUCCAGCGGAGUUUGGACUAAAAUUCCAUUGAUACUUACCCCUGGAAUUGAGUGAAAGAAAUCUAUGUGUACUCCAUCACCAAUGCAGUAGGUUAAAUCUGCCCAGGCCUGCGCUGGUUGUGUGUGAGAGUCGGGGUUCGAGGGUCCCUGGUUUUGCCUCACGACCCUUCAUCAAGGACCCCCGUCAAGGAAGGGACUGCGUGCAAGGGGCUUGGGCCUAAGCCACGGUGUUGAUCCUGUGAUUGCUCCAAUUGGUACUCAACUGUCUUCAAGAAGAGUUCCAGAAAAGACGAGUUCCCGAGUGAUCGGAACAAUUUUUUAUCUUAACUUUUAAAUGUCUUUUAUGUAAUGAUAUUAUGACAGUUUGUUGUAUUUUAGGCAUUUUAUGUUUAUUGUUGUUAAAAAUUGUCUUUAAAAGAUAUGCUAAAAACAUCACUCCAAUUUAAGGUUUGAGUUCUGGCCAAACUCUAACUCUAACUUGGACGGAUGGUGUUUGUUAACAAAGCCCAGAGGUUUCUACUCCAAAAAAAAAAAAAAAAAAAAAAGCAAGCUAUCUUAACUUGACAAUUUGAUCCGAUCAGAAUGACAGCUGAAUCAGCUUAGAGUGAAGAUUGUCAUCUUUACCCGGGGAAAGAUGUCAAGGUUCACUAAAGAAAAGCGUUUCAGCAGUGUGCAGUCUCUGGGGUGAUAGCAAAAAUAGUUUGAUAAUCGCUUAUCACUUUCAUUAGUAAGCAAAAUUCCUAUUCUAUUCCCUUGUCUCUGAGAAUGCUAAUUCACAUACCAGGUCUGUUUUAGUUUCUUUUCUGCAAGCUGUAGACUCAAUGAGAUACUAACGAAAGCUGAACCAGAUGAGAAGACAGCAACACAGACGCAGCAUUGCAGCUGCGUUGACAGAAGUAACCCUGGCUGCCCAGUGACAACAGAGAAGUCUUCAGCUGUGAAACAUCAUCAAGCAGUGCAGAAGAAGAGGAGACAGCAGAUGAUUUGAAACUUUAAUCUAGAACCUGCGUAUGAAUGAAGAGCAAGGACUGAAUAGUGUGCUCUCAUCUUUUUGCUUUUAGCAGCUAAGGUCUUUAGGUUUUUCUUGGGUAACUCAAAUAGUGCUUUGCUUAUAACAGUAUAUGUAGAAGCAGCCAACCGUGUCACAGACCCAGUUUAGAUAGCUCUAAAGAAAAAAAGGGGGGAUGUGUAGGAGGAUAGCUUAUAUCAUAAGGUAGAGCUAUCCACACCUGGGCCUCAACCCAGGCCUCAGGCCUGGUCUAGCAGGCCUCAGUACGUUCAGCAUACGUAGUAGCAGAUAAACUUAUCUGCUACUAAGAAUGUAUUAAGGUAGUAGUGUUACUAACAUAGAACAGUUACUGGGAAGACACGGUGGCUACCUUAAACUGCAAUAGCUUACAUAUUUCUGUAUUCUCACUGCCUAUCAGAAUGCACCUGUUCUUGUAAACUAUUCUGUCUGUAUUUAACCCACCAUCUCACAGAAUAAAUCAGAUUACGUGCUUAGAACCAUAUUGGUGUGGACGCACGUUAUUCUAGCCCCCGAUCUACCAGGGCUCCGCCUUUAGCUCUUGGUCCUGUUGAGACUGGACCAGCCCUGCAAAAUAUACAUUGCAGCUGGGUAGCAUGGUCUCACUUGGACCCUCUGGACAAGAACAUCAUUAUGGUUUUGGAGACAGGGUUAUCAGGGAUCAGAAGGCUUACUACACUCCGAGUGAGAGAUAUUAGCAGUGUAUGAGAGGGUUUAAGCAUCCUCAGAAGUUGU